AUGAAGAUCGCAUUACUUCUCCGCCAAGUCAUAAAGUUCGUGAUUAAAGACGCGAAUAUUGAGGUGUUAGGGGGAAAGAUCUUUGCUAUAUUAAAGAUUGAAGAGCUUUUGCAACUGUGGGGACUGCUACGAACAGGCAGGUUGGCAAAACUGGCGAGGGUUUUAGAGCGUUGUGGUGCUCUGCCGGCGUUGCUAGUAUUAUACCCGUUAGCGGUCAAGGUCAAAGGAGAGUACGAGUGGUUGUCAUGGAACGGGACGAUGCUUUUAAGUAUGCUGCCAGUGGCGCCGAGCUUGCCGGAUUGGGCUGUUUCUCUUGCUUCUACAGAGUGUGUGUUGGGCGUGCUGAGCAAGCGGUUGACUUUUGUCCGACGUUGGUUUGAGAACAUGACCGUUGAAACUAGAAUUCUAAUCAGACAAGCCUUAAUAAGUGUAUGUAUUCCGCUGCUAAGGAGGGUGACUGUGAACCCGGGUCCAGUGGAACAGUGGCUCUUUGGCAAGAGGUCUAUCCUGCAUGAUUUCCUUAUAUUUUAUUCUGCGUGGAACGUUGCCUCUAUUUAUAAAUUUGUGAAGCAGUCUCUCUAUAGAGUGACGGACGGUAGCGAUAAGCGGAAAGAUCGAGCCAGGCCCUCAAGCCAUCACGCAGAUAUUGAGCCGUCGAAUGUUAACUCCAAGCACUUGCUCUACCGACUCCGCGAGAUGGACGAACUGUCAACGAAGAAGUACAACCGCUAUUUUGAUAGGUUGCUAAGUUGCACUAUUCGGAGGAACUUUACUAUAUGCAUGAAAUGGGCGCUUUGGAGACGCAGCAUUAACUGGUUGUUCAAUUGUAAUACGUCCUAUAUGGUUGGUCACCUUCAGAAAUCUGUCGUGAUAAUGCUCACAUUUUUAAUCCUCAAUGGCGAUGAAUACCUAAGUGUCAAUACGGACGCUCUUAAAUACCUUUUUCAUUGCAUUGUCACACAAAAGCUAGGCACAUUGGACCCUUCAGCCAAGUAUUUCCUGCUGUUAGCUGGCCUUAACUUUGAGUUAUAUAAUGUACAGCGCUUAGUUAAGUGA